GUCAGCCUUUUCUUUUUUAUACUUUUACAUUCACUCAAUUGGUUUCCUUUUGUGAAGCAAUUCAUGCAAAAUAUUUCCGAUAGAAGUGAUGAAACGAGCGCACGGUGUUUAAAGGACUACGUGCAUUUCGUGGAGGAAAAUUAUGACAAAGAAGGUUUUUUAAGAGAAUUUUACACUUUUGGUGGAUGGGAACUUGAAGAGCGUUCUAUUGCAGAAAAGCAAUUUCAAGCUGUUGUCGGAUCUUUGUUGACUCAACCACAACACACGUGUUACUCAUGGGCGUUAGAAAUCGUAACCGAUCGGUAUGCCAUACUCAAUUCAACGGAUACUGAGAAAUACUGGGGAGAGCGUGCCAUCGCAGGUGAAGUGAUCAGAAGAACCGAAGAAGGGGUCGCCAAAACAAGCCAACAAUUGUUCAAACGAAAAACUUACGACUUGCGUGAUCGAAAUUCUGUUAAACAACCACCACAACAAAAACGUCGACACGCCGAGAUCGAGGAAAAUGAUGGAUUGCACUUUGAUGGCUUGGAUUCUUCACUUAUGACGGUGAUUUCAAAGAAAGCGGCAAAGGAAGAAACUGAAACAGUUAAAGGGAGAUAUAAAAAGGCCAUUUCAAUGAAUAACGUUAUUGAUGUUUUGGAUACCUUAAAAGAUGGACAGCUUCAUACCGCAAUCAAGGACGAUAAUAUUAUUAACAUGAUCAUCGAGUCACUAUCAUUUGAUCCAAAAAUAAAACUCAUUCAAUGCAGCGACAUGACCAUGAUCGUAAAGGAUAUCGAUUCAAACAAAAAAGUCAAGAGGGCUCUGAAGAAAAUAUACAAUAAUUUAGUCAACAGCAAGGGAUCGCAGGCGUUGGUAACACGUUUAUUUUGUCAUGUGGGCGACACUGUACCUGAGAAUUUUAAAGGCAAGAACAACCAACAAAUUAAACCCAGAAAAAUGGAUUUGAGGUUGAUGUGCAUGGCAACCGAUGUUGGUUCCGCCGACUUAGGCGUGGGGGAGUUUGCGAAAUCGAUCCAAUCCACCAAGUAUCUCACUGACAAGGCCAAAAUGAUAGUGUGCAACAAAGCACAGUUGAAUACAUUUGUCAAGAUUUUGAAGCCGACGGAAGAAGAUAUUAAGGAAUUGGCAUUGCCCAUGGUACAAAUAAUGGGGUUGCAGGCAGAAGUCUCAACAAUAAGACUGGUUUCAAGUGGAGCUUAUGUAAUUCAGAAGGUGAGAACGUGCACUCUUGAUGGAGAUCCUACCAAACUACCUACAUCGAUGGAAUCAGUUGUCCAGCUACUUCAUUGUGUCAAGAUGCUAGCUACUCGUGUCAAGUAUAAAUUGGAAUCUUUCACGAAAUGCCCAAAUCGCAAAGCAAGCAUGGAAUCAUUUACCACUGCAAAUACCACGAAUGAUACAUCUACUACCAGUUGGAUCAGAAUUAUCAAGGAAACAGGACUCAGUGAAUAAUAUAUUGAACAAAUCAGAUAUUCAUGAGAGAAUGUAUAUCAUAAUAAAAAGUCUAGCAGUUGCUAUAUGAGUAAAAUGAGGUGAUGAAUAAGAAGAAACCAUAAGUCACUACAUUUUUUAUAAGUAACAAAUUUGUAUGUUGUCACCCCACAAACGAUAAUAAAAUUCUCUCUCAUUCACAAAUCU